AUGGAUCACCUCAUCGGUCAACGGUUUAACCUCAUUUCCAAAAGCGAAAUCCGCUAUGUCGGUACUCUCCACGAGAUCAACCCUGAGCAAUCCACCAUCGCUUUGGAAAAUGUCUAUUCGUUCGGUACAGAAGAUCGCAAUGCCGAAAAAUUCGUUCCUCCCUCACAACAGAAAUAUGGCUUCAUUGUCUUCCGUGGAAGCGACGUCAAGGACAUCAAGAUCGCCGAAGAAGAACAAUCACAACCUUCUCCCCCUCCUUCCAUGCCAAAUGAUCCCGCCAUACUGAAUGCUUCCCGGCCAGGUCCAUCCAUCGAUGGCCCACCACGAGACUCUCCCUUCUCACCUCCGGGUUAUCCUCCUCAUCCUGGCUUCGGUGGCUUUUACCCUCCUCCUGGUCAAUUUGGACGAGGCUAUGGUCCACCUCCCCCAGGAGGCUUUGGUCCAGGGCCAGGUUUCCCGCCAUACGGCCCGCCACCUCCAGGUUACUUUGGCCCCCCUGGAGGUCAGGGCUUUCCACCUCCACCUGGUCCUGGUCCUCAUCCUUUCCAACACGGUCAGGCUCCCAUCGGGCCACCUGGACAACGCAGCAACAUGCCGCAACCUCAACCUCCACCGCCACCGCCAACACAACAACAGCAACCUCCUGAACCCAAGGGGCGCGCUCCUGCCCCCUCUUCGACCCUCACUUCAGAACUGCCAGACAACAAAGCUGGGCGAUCGGCACCGUCUGCACCUCCGAAGACUGCUCAGCCUUCAAUCCCUCCCCAAGCGAACACCGCACGAACGGAAAAUGUUCCUAAGCCCCCCGCCUCAACUGCAACCGCUCCUCCACCAACACAAGCUCCUCCAGGACCAAAGACUAAUCGAGUCACACCUGCAAUACCAUUCCAAGUCAAUCAGAAGUCAUUCACCCCUCCAGUCCAACCUACAGCAGAUACGUCGGCCAAUGGGAAUGCGGCAGCCAAGCCUUCAAAGCCAAUGCCAUCUCAGGCAGCGAUGGAUGAAGCCGCUCGACAGGCGAAGGAGGCUGUUGCAGCGGCCAUGGCAAAACUCAACCCACAGACGGCUGGCUCGCAGACCAAGUCCGCACCCUCAGCUGCCGCUGUUGAUGCUUUGUCCAAACGAGUUGCAGAAAUGUCAACGUCGAGCACAGCCAACGGCACGGCACGAGGUGGCAGAGGCGGCCUUCGAGGUGGACGAGGCAGCACUUAUCCGCGCGGUGGUGGUGGACCGAAGAAGAUGGAAAUUCCCAAGUCAGACUUCGAUUUCGAAUCUGCAAACGCCAAAUUCAAGAAGGAAGAUCUGGUGAAGGAAGCAAUCGCGUCGGGUUCUCCACCCGUGGCCGGAAAGGAAGAGAACGGUCUUGCAGAAAUAGCCGACGACAGCGCAACCGACGCCGCGCCGGAGAGAAAAGAUAGUCUUACUGGUGCUGGAGCGGCGUACAACAAGUCCACUUCGUUCUUCGACAAUAUCUCGUCCGAGGCCAGGGAUCGUGAACAAGGGUCUGACGGGCGGUUCCAUGGCAGACAGGUCCGCAGUGAAGAGUUCAAAAAGAAUAUUGAGACAUUUGGACAAGGAAAUGUUGACUCUGGAUUCCGUGGACGAGGUCGAGGUGGUGGAUAUGGCCGAGGGCGACCGUAUGGUGGUAACUACCGCGGUGGCUACAAUCGCGGACAUGGAAACGGUGGAUAUCGAGGAGGCCGAGGGCGUGGUGGCCAAGGACAGACAGAGAACCACGCCUCGAGUACUCAGGCUGCUACACAGUCAUGA